CACUGUUCAGAUUCCUUUUUAUCUAAAGGAGACAAGAGUAAGCUCUUGCGUGCCUUUCCAGUGUUUGAGAAUGCUGAUGGUGGCCGUGUCCAUGCUCCAGUAGAAUACACCCCCAUCAAAGAGCUUGCUGAGUCAGUCAGCAAAUAUGGGCCUGAUGCCAAUUUUACCAUUAUGCAACUUGAAAGACUUGCAACCAUGGCAAUGACGCCCAAUGACUGGCAGAACACAGUGAAGGCUGCGCUUUCUAGUAUGGGACAAUACAUAGAAUGGAAGGCGUUGUGGCAUGAUGCCUCCCAGGUUCAGGCCAGGGCUAAUGCCAAUGCGGAGGGCAACGAAAGGUACUGGACCUUUGACUUGUUGAUGGGGCAAGGACAGUUCGUCUAUAACCAAAUGAACUAUGAUUCGGGAGCUUAUGGCCAGGUCGCGGCAGCCACUAUCAAGGCGGGGAAAGCUCUCUCGAAGAAAGGUGAGGCAAGAGGACAUUUGACAAAGGUCGUGCAGGGCCCUCAAGAGCCAUUUUCUGAUUUUGUGGCCCAGAUGACUGAGGCGGAGGGUAGAAUUUUUGGAGACCCAGAGCAGGUCAAACCAUUAAUUGAACAGUUGGUUUUUGAAAAUGCUUCACCAGAGUGUAAGACUGUUAUUACCCCGAGGAGAAAUAAAGGGUUGACAGACUGGAUAAAAGUUUGUUGAGGACUAGGGGGUCCUCUUACCAACUCUGGCCUCGCCGCCGCUAUCUUACGAAGUCAGAAACAGUCAGGGCCUUCAGGUCACAAAGUGUGCUACAAUUGUGGGAAACCUGGUCAUUUGAAGAAAGACUGCCAUGUCCCCAUGCAACGGAGGGUACCAGGUCUUUGUACCAAGUGUAGGAAGGGCUAUCAUUGGGCAAAUGAAUGUCGUUCGGCUAGAGACAUUCAGGGGAAAAUUAUCCAACAUGAUCAUGAGCCACAAGAAAAUGAACCUGACCCCCCCCAAAAAACGGGUUUCCGGGCCCCAGAUCCCAGGGCCCAAAAAGAUAUGGGACACGAGCCAACAUUCAGAGAGCCCCUGCCGAGCGACAAGAGGCUCCGCAGGAGUGGACCUCGGCUCCACCUCCCAAUUCUUACUGAUGUCACACAUGGGCGUGCAGUCUGUGCCAGUCACCUUUCAGGGUCCUCUGCCAGAAGGAAGCAUUGGCCUUGUGCUGGGACACUCAUCCCUCACCUUGAAAGGCCUUGUGGUGCACCCUGGCGUGCUUGA